UCACAGUCUGGCUGUGCAAGCUGUGGUUGCUUGUCGUGCCAGCUGCCUCCAAGGGGAGCUUCCACCUUUGAAAAAGCUUGUCCCGAGAGCGCUCCCCCAAUCUCUUGUGAGCAGAAGCCGAGAGGAAACAACAAUCCACCACCACACCACUCUCCACUCCACCCUCAACGCUCACGCAUCGCAUCCUCUCGGUCGAAUAGACCAGCGACUCACCAAUUCCUCCUUCACCCCACAUCGGCGCUGAGUCCUGACCAGGAUUGUGCACGUCGCCAUGUUUCGCUCCGGUGCUUCGCGGUCUCUGCUCCGCUCGCUCAAUGCCUCGCAACAACCCGCCCUCCGACCUGUGCAGCGCCAAUUGACCUCGCAGCUAUGCACGAUCGCUCGCCGUCCGCAGGUGCUGGCCAUGGCCAGACCAUUGGCUAUGCAGCUUGCACGCGCGCAAUACGCGACGGUGAACAAGAUUGAUACCAAGGCCGAGGCUGCGAUUGGGAAGGAGAGACUUCCGGUGGACUCGGGUGUUAGCACCGACUCGAGCGCUCACCCAGUCUUUGGUGAAGUCGGCGGUGCGGCGGAGCGCGAGGACGAUACGGAUAUGAUGGCGGGUGUGAAGAAUGACCUCAAAACAAUCAAGGACACUUUCAGCUUGGAAGAGGUCCCUCGUCAGGCAUACUACAUUGGUCUGGCCGGUGUCCUGCCCUACGUUGGUACAUCGCUCAGCACGAUCUACUGCUCGUGGGAGAUCAACCACGCAGCAGCUGCUGGCUCCGGGUUUCUCAUGGAGGGCAAGACGGCCGAGCUCCUGCUGCACGUUCUCGAGCCAUUGCAGGUUGGCUAUGGCGCUGCCAUCAUUUCUUUCCUGGGCGCCAUCCAUUGGGGUCUCGAAUUCGCCAAGUACGGCGGCGAGCACGGCUACCCUCGCUACAUGAUCGGAGUGGUCAACACCGCUCUCGUCUGGCCUACGAUCCUCAUGCCUGUCGAGUACGCGCUCAUCUCGCAAUUCCUCAUCUUCACCUUCUCUUACUACCGAGACUCGCGCGCGGCCAGGCUCGGCUGGGCGCCGCACUGGUACGGAGUCUACCGCUUCAUCCUGACAUUCAUUGUCGGCGGCGCCAUCGUCCUAUCUCUCGUUGCUCGCGGUCAGAUUACCGAGGAGAUCAGCCGUCCUUCUGGACCUGCUCAGCGCGUGCGUGAUUUGAGGGCACACUCGGCCGAGCAGCUCGCGGAGGAGGAGACUGCCCGCCGAAAGUAUUUGGCCGAGAAGGAUGACGACGAGGAGGAGGAAGAGGAAGAAGAGGAAGAGGGUGGUGACGACGAGGAAGGAGGUGAUGAGAAGGAGGACAAGGAGUGAGGUCGUGAUUGUAGAGAGAGAACCUGAGUCGGGGCAUGUCGUCAAAGAGGAUCAGUCGGGACGUAAUCUGGCUGAGGCGAUGCUCACACCUAGCAUUCGGCAUCCAUGGCCCUCCAAAGCGGCCACCUCUUGUAUUGUAGAAGUGUGAUCGUCACUGUACAUUGUCAAAAUUGGAAAGCAUCAUGGUGGCCCAG